GCUCUUCAACAACAUAUAAAGUAGGUACUACUUACCAAUAUACAUCCUCUCCUGGCCGGGUCGAGCCGGGGAAUCAUAGCACAGUCUGGUGCCUUCCUACUUGGCGAUCGAGGCCGAUCAUGGAGCUGGUGAGCACGAUCCUCGCCCUCGCGCUGAAGAUCGCCAAGGCGGUGGAGACGGCCCGAGAGAACAAGGCGAUGUGCCUGGACCUCGCCGACCGCGCGCGCACCAUCUGCAACAUCCUGCGCGAGGACCGCGACUCCGGUGCAAGCAUGACCGCUGGCGGCGGAGACAGCAAGGCCCGCCGUAUAACGAGGCCCGCGCUGGAGAGGCUGAAGGCCGCCCUCGACGACGCGCUCAAGCUCGUCGAGUCCCAUAGGCUGAGCGGCGGCAUCGAGCGGGCGGUCGCCUUCUUCACCGCCGAUGCGGCCCCGAAGUUCCAGCUCCUCCAGACGAGGAUCUCCGACUGCGUCAACGACCUCAAAUACGCCAAGCUGGUCGCUGCUGACCACCGUGCUCACGACGGCAACACAAGAACCGCGCCCCUGAAGCCGUUGCUGCUCAAGCCUUCGCCGCUGCUGCAGCCGUCGCCACUGAAGCCGUCGCUGCUCAAGCCGUUGCCGCUGCUGCAGCCGUCGUCCCUGAAGCCGUCGCCCCUGAAGCCGCCACAACCGGCGGAGCGGGGUGAGGGCGUGGAGUCCUUGCUGAAGUACACAACGACGCUGUCGCCACAACCGGCCGAGCGGGGUGUGGUCGCGGAGUCCUUGCUGAAGUACGCAACGACGCCGCCGCUGCUGAAGCCGCCACAACGGGCGGAGCGGGGUGAGGUCGUGGAGUCCUUGCUGAAGUACAGAACGCCGCCGUCGCUACAACCGGCCGAGUGGGGUGAGGUCGCGGAGUCCUUGCUGAAGCACACAACGACGCAGCCGCUAAAGCCGUCGCCACAACCGGCGGAGCGGGGUGAGGGCGUGGAGUCAUUGCUGAAGUAUACAACGACGACGCCGCCCCAGCCGUCGCCACAACCGGCGGAGCGGGAUAAGGUCGUCGAGUCCUUGCUGAAGUACACAACAACGCCGCCGUAGCAAGGUAAGGGUCGUGGAGUCCUUGCUGAGGCGUGGCCGUAAGAAGCACACAACGCCGCCGGCCUGCCGCCGCAGCAAGGUAAUGGAGUCUUUGAUGUGAAUUGUGAUGCAGUUCUUGAUGUGUGUUAUCUACGAGAGUCUGUGCUUGAGGACGAGAUAUGUGUGGAUCGAUGCAUGCUUUUUUGUCUAGUCUUUUCUGUUUUCAUGUGUUGAUUUUUAUUCUUGUGGCGAGCAUGAAUACAUUGGAAAUCCUAUAAUCACGUGUACUAUUGUUCAGCGGGGACACGCAGUUUUGGAUAGCAGAUCUAGU